AUCCAGCAAUAUGCCGAGAGGAAGUUGCAUAACGUCUGUACCUAUCGCUGUUCUGCUCCUCUCCAGCACACACCAAGCAAUACCGUAAGACUGGCCUGAUCGACGGCACGAGCUCUUUCAACAUAUCCGGCAGUCGAGCACGUGGGCAACAAACUCAUUCUAUACCGCAACCUUCACCACGAAUUGAAAGACUUCAAACGAUUCCAACCAUGGCGGCCUCAAUAGAACGCCUCUCUCUCACUAAGAAACGCCGUCUCUCCACCUCUGCGGACAUGCAACUCGCCAUCGCCCAACCCGGCUCCAUCAAGAUCAACGUAACAGGUGCCUACAUUAUUGACCACGAAGACGACGACGCAUCUCCGGAACGGUCACCAAUCAGCGCCGUUUCCGACAGUCCUCCCGAAGACGCACCAUUCCAACACCACAAGCGCGACAUCCGGCUACCAAACCACACCUCCGUUGUCAGCCACGUAGCCGCAGACAUCGGCGGCUCCCUCGCAAAAGUCGUCUACUUUACCCGCGAGAAUGGGAACGCCGAGUCUGGCGGCCGUCUAUCCUUCCUCUCUUUCGAAACGGAAAAGAUCGACGAAUGCAUCGAAUACCUCCGGACGCUCCAAGUGAAACACCAGCAAUCCACGACCGAUGGCAAAAGUCCGACAACGCUCAGCAUCAUGGCAACUGGCGGCGGCGCCUUCAAAUUUUACGACCGUAUCCGGGCAAAACUCGGCGUGGAGGUCGAGCGGGAAGACGAAAUGGCAUGCCUCAUCCACGGCCUGGACUUCUUCAUCACCCAGAUUCCCAACGAAGUCUUUACCUACGAUGACUCAGACCCGGAGAAUGCCAUCGAAUUCCAGGAACCGAAAGGAGACGUCUACCCCUACUUGCUCGUCAACAUCGGCUCCGGCGUGUCGAUGAUCAAAGUCUCUGCUCCGUCUCAAUAUCAGCGUAUCGGCGGUACGUCCUUGGGAGGCGGUACAUUGUGGGGUUUGCUAAGCUUGUUGACCGGAGCGAGAAACUUUGACGACAUGUUGGCCAUGGCGGACAAAGGUGAUAAUAGUAAUGUGGAUUUACUGGUUGGAGACAUCUAUGGUGAAGGUACGGGGUAUGAGAAAAUUGGGCUGAGCGAGAAGACGAUUGCGAGUUCAUUUGGUAAAGUGCUGAAGAGGAAACGAGAAGCGGAACGAGUGGCGGAAGAUGGAGGAGGAUGCAGUAAUGGCGAAGAAGAACGAAGAGCCAAGUCGAGCCGGAUGGACUUCGAUGGCGAGGAUCGCAGCAACGGAGUUGUUGAUGCUGGAAGAAUGUUCAAACCGGAAGACAUUUCAAGAAGUCUCCUCUACGCCAUCAGCAACAACAUUGGACAAAUCGCAUAUCUGCAGUCGGAGAAACACGAUCUGAAACGAAUUUACUUUGGAGGAUCGUUCAUUCGCGGACAUCAGCAGACGAUUCACACGCUGAGUUUUGCGAUCAAGUUCUGGAGUAAAGGCUUGAAGCAGGCAUUCUUCCUGAGACAUGAGGGGUAUCUUGGUGCUGUGGGAGCAUUUGUGAAGAGGGAAGUAGGAGGGUGGGGAAGAAGGGGUAGUGUGGAGCCCGGAGAGGGAUCAUGA